AUAAGUUUGUAAUGAAAACCAGUUGUUUUCUACGAGAAUCGGUGUUAAACGUUUCCGCGUUUUAACGCGUUUUAUAUUCAUUAAUAUUCUAUGAGGAAAAUAUAGAUUAUCCUAACUACAAUGUACAUAGUGUGUAACGUUUGAACGAAUUUUAAAUUAAUUUAUAAGCACAUUUAGUUUGAAAUGAUUUCUACUUUCUUUAGUAUUUUACUAGUAGGCGCCUUGGUUUUUCAUUCUAAUGGCUUAAAUGCAAGUACUUCUUUAAAUAUUCAACUCAACGAUGCUAGUCAAACUCCAAAUGUUCAAAGUAUAGCUAUAUCUUCUCUUCAACUCAACGAUGCUAGUCAAACUACAAAUGUUCAAAGUAUAGCUAUAUCUUCUCGAAUGUUUUCCAAUGCUUCAUCAGUGUUCAAUUUAAUUUCAGCUUCGUACGCUUUAAACAGUACGACAAUCCUCUUCACUGCUUCGCUUAAUAGGACUGUUACUGCAGAUGUAACUACUCAAUUCAAUAGAAGUUUUUUUAUACAAUCAACUUCCAUUUAUUUGUCUAGUGCUCAACCUCAAGUUAGUUCUAGCAGUAUACCUCCCAAGCCUGUGACCACCCCUACUACUGCUAAUAAUAAUAAAAGCUCCAGACGGUUUGAUACAGGUUCAUUUAUUGGCGGAAUGAUUGUUACCGGUCUUCUUGUUAUAAUAUUUUUAGUUGUCCGGCGUUAUUGCAAAGGAAGACCCAAUUACGGACAAUUAAAAUAAUAUUUUUGAAAGCGAAAUUAAGAUCUGUUGAUUCAAAUUAAAGAUUUACUGAUUGAAUUGAUUUACAAGUAAAUUAUCUAUUAAAUCAUAAUAGAUUAAAUCUAUCUUAUUGUUAUCUUCAUUAAAUCUAAUUGUUAUCUCCAUUAAAUAACUUAUCUCCAUCAGUACUACUAUUAUCUAUAUUAUCCAUAUUACUGUAACAUUACAAAUGUAGCAAUAUUAUAUUACUUAAUGUUACAUUUAUAAAUUUUAUCACUUGGUUUACGAUUUUCAUGUUUAUUUCGUUUUUAUUUUGUAUUUUGUAUUUGUAUUAAUGGAGUUUAAUUUUCAGUGGAAAUUUUUGUUUAAUUAUAAAUUAAGUUUAAAAUCUUAUUUGUUUAUUAUUUUAUUUAGCAAUAUAUUAAAUUUUUUGACAUUUUAACACGUGUUUUAGACUUCUUGCGCCCAUUGGGAUUGAUCAACUACAUUUUAAUGAAACUAAAAAAAAUAGAAUUCUAACUUUUUUUAUAUUUGUAAUUAUAAAAACUCUCAGACAGAAAAUGUUGGUACUUAUCAAAAAUAUAUAAAUUAUGAGAACAUGUGACAUGACA